AUGGUCCAUACUACACUUGUACUUGUGUUUGCAGUAUCAAAGUAUCGAAACCCUGUUCCUGAGACGGAGCGCAUGGAGGCCUUCAGGUCGUCUCCUGUGCCGUCUCCUGUGCCGUCUCUGCGCCGAAACAACAGCAACCCCAAGCCUAGACUAGACAUUGACACCAAGACGGCCAUGGCAUCACCCGUCAUGCCCCAGAAGCCUACCAGUUACCGACGGAGUACUGACCCCAUGCCUUCCUUCUCCUACUCGUCCUCGUCGCCACUGGCCUCUCCAGUGUCCGUCUCGUCGCCCACAUCGUCCUGGACCCCGAGCUACUCGACAUCUAGCUACUCGACCCCUUCUCUGCCAUACCGGCCACGCACUGCCUCGCCCCUGUCGUCUGCCGGCGGCCACUCGCGAUCCCGCUCUGCCGCCAGCCUCUUGCCCCCCAUCUCUCGUACUCAGUCCAUGCCCGGAUUCGCCUCCUCGGGCCACGUCCUCCUCUCGCCCCGUGGCCUCACCAGCGGCGGCCGUAACUUCGCCAGACCAGAGAGCCCGUCCGGCUCGGGUUCACCCUCGCGUACCCGAAUCCCCAGGAAGCCCCUCGACGAGGCAUUCCCACCCCUGUCGCCCAUCCGCGCCUCGGUGCUCGACCCGGAACACCACCGCCCCCGCCAGGACGGCAGCCUCUCCCCCAUCCUCGGCGUCUCGACCAACAACACCGGCCGUCUGCGGAGGCCCUCUUCCCCCCUGCGGAGCAACACCUCCCUUCCCGUACCGGGUCCCUCCACGCCGUCCUCGUCUCCCUCCCACAAGCCUUACGACGGUGUCGCUCUUUCCUACGGGAUUAGUAGUAAUAGUAGCAGCAUCAGCGUCAGCGGCAGUCUGUCUUCGGUACCCUCGACGCCCACCUCGGCCCGGUCCAGGAGCCCGAGCAUCUCCAGCCUCGAGACUAUCCCCGACUCGCCCGACGCCGAGGAGAGGGCUCUCGAGGCCGAACGCAUCGCCCAGCUCAAGGCCGAUGCAGACGCCGCCGACUCGUCCGACUCCAAGUCCCGCGGCAGCAUCGACGUGCCAGCCCGCGGACGCACCAUGACGUUUGGAUCCAAGGACAAGCGUAAGCGGUGGAGUGUCUGCGGUGCCGAGCGCCGCGGGGACAUAGACCUCGAGACCAUCUGGGAGGAUUGA